GGUUUUGUUUCUUUCUUUAAGCUCGCCCGGCACGCGGACGCAUUUUUAAAAAGUCGUUGGUUGUUUUUUUUUCUUUUUUUUAUUUAUUUGAAUAAGAAUUCGAGUGAAGGCGUCUCGAAUUACACAGUCUAAGCAAUUUCCUCUCAAGUGGACAAUGCCCAAUUGUAGGGCGUUCGUCAGCGACAUCAAACAUCUUUAAAUCAGUUAAGAAACUGAAGCGGAGAAUCCGAGAUAAGAAUAUCAACAAAAGACUGAGACCUAAUAGGGUCCCUUUAAAACUCUCUGGACCCACACACACACAGACACACAUAUCUACAGAAUUCAGAAGCCGCUGUGAUCAAGUCGAAUCUUACGCAAUGUUUUCUUUAAUAUCGCAUUUCAUUCGUAGUCCGGAGACUCAAAACCCAUUAAUAGCUGAACAAUUUGAUAUUGAAGAUGAAUUCCUCGAUACACAAGUGCUUAAAGAAGAGUUGAAGAAAACCCGUACAGAUGAUGUUAACCAAGUAACGGUUCCGAAAUCGAAUGAGGAAGAUGAUUGGUGUCUUGGCGCUGAUUCCGGGAAGGCUUGCUUAACCCGCAAAGGAUUCAUUACUAGCAUUGACAACGAAAGUGGAAUAAUUGAUUUUAAAAUAAGUUUCAAUAAGAAGAUGUGUGGUACGACAUUCGAUCAACUGCAUCAGGGCUGUAAGGUUCAAUAUUUGACAUAUCAAUCGAAUCCCGAUGAUGAUACCAUUAAUUUGGUGAAAGUGGAGAGGCUUUACGAAGGUGACUGGGAAAAUGCGGCCGGUAAAAAACUGGAGGAAGCUGUGGAAGCCUUAAGAUUUGAAAACCCCAAAUAUUUCAAAACCCAACUGCGUAAUAGACUCGGUGUGGUCAUUCAGCGUUUUCAAUCCACCAUUGAAGUGGAUACUGAUUGUGGUUUAUUGACGGUGGAGUUAGAUAAUAUUGAGAUGACCUUUUCACCAAAAACCGGAGAUUGCAUUUCAAUCGAAUGCAAAGUUCAACUGGAUGAAAAAUAUGUGGAUAAACAGGGUGAAAUUUUGGAAGUCUUGAAGAUAACUCCCUCCCGCACGGACGUAAAGGAGCGUUGCAUUGUGGAGAGUGUACACAAUGAUGUGGUUGGACUAUCCGAUAAUGCCUUUAUCCUGAAAGAGGAUGUUCCAUCAAACGUAAAGCUACAUUUGGAUGAUAUCGUCAUUGUUGAUCUGAUUGAGUGUAAUAGUUCAAAUUGGUCUCGUCGUGCGAUCAAUUUAACUGUAGCUGAGAAGAAUUUUGGUAUUACAAAUACAAAAUAUAACUAUAACAAAUCGAAUUAUAAUGUCUCCUUCUCCGGGCCCGAGUAUGGAAUUUUUACGGAACUCUGGCAGAAGAAGAUAUUCAUCAUAAAGGCUCGUAACAAACUAAACAAAGUUCUUCAAUUGCGUUCAAUUGAAAUCAAUAAUGAUGACGCUUCACCGCAAUUUACACUCCUAGAGCCCAAAGGUACAGUUGAUAUCCAAGCAGAUGAAGAGAUUUCCUUGGUCUUUGAAGUUCAUACACAAUACUAUGGCGAAGUGAAGUAUGUAUACACCUUAAACUUUGACAAAUACAAAGUGAAGCGAUCCUUUUUGAUUGUGGUCGUGGAGACAGAGGAAAAAGCAAGAGCCGCCGAGAAACGUCUUAUAAUAGCAGACUAUAAUAUUGCAUCCGGAAGAACAACAUAUCAGCGUAAUUGUUCAUACGCCAACAAAGUGUGGGACCGUAAGGUGGACGUUGUACCCGGCGAGUAUAUGCAUCCAAAGCGACGUUUUAUUGGACUUCGUUUGGAAACGUAUGAUGUGCCACAGAAACUUCGUGAUUUAUAUCUCACACGGAAUUCGCGUAGAGAGCGGAGCCAAGCCAUUACGAGGGAAUAUCCUUGCCUUACGGACAAGCUAACUGUUAACAACUAUGCCCAACGUUUUAAAUUGUUUUUGCAUUUGGAGGAAAUUGAGACAUUUAUACAAUUUCGUAAUUAUGAUAUGGAACGAGCCCAUUUCCAGCGGGAUGGUGAAUUUCUUUCCCUUCAAGUCGAGAAUCUGGCCGAGCGUCGACCCUCCCUGGCCAUAGGUGAUGUAGUCCGGGCCAUUGCCAUAUGGGAUAACGAUCUAAAAAUGAACAAAUCCUUCGAAGGAAUUGUCACGAAAGUCUUAUUCGAUCGUGUGCUUCUCAAAUUCAAUUCUCAUUUUCAGGAUAAUUAUAAUAAUGCAGAUCAUCGUUUGGAAUUUUAUUUCUCACGUUAUGCAUUGCGUAAACAACAUUAUGCCAUACCGCAAGCCAUCACUCAAUUUGGUGAGAAUUUCCUUUUCCCAACGAAACUUUUAAAACGGAAAUUUCCACAAUUGGAUUUGUCAUUGAACGAUAAUGAUGAAAUGAUUCUGUUUAAUACCAAAUUGGAUUGGUAUAAUAUUAACUUGAAUAGCAUUCAAAAGCGUGCUAUUUUCAAUAUUUUACGCGGCGAGGCAGAUAAUAUGCCCUAUGUGAUAUUUGGACCACCGGGAACUGGAAAAACAGUCACCGUGGUGGAGACCAUAUUGCAGCUUUUAUACAAUUUACCGGGUGCACGUAUCUUGGUCGGAACACCAUCGAAUAGUGCAGCUGAUUUGAUUACCAAGCGACUGAUUGGUAGUAAGGUUCUGGCUCCUGGCAGCUUUAUACGUCUUGUUUCACAGAAUAUCGUUGAAAAGGACUUGAUACCACCGGAGCUUAUGGAAUAUUGUGCCACUCUGGAUAUAGGCAAUCCGGGCACUUGCAGUGACAAUAUGCUAACCACAGCAUCGGGACUAAAGAUGCGCUGCCAAAUGAAUUUUCUCGGCAACCAUCGAGUGACCAUCGGUACGUGCACGACAUUGGGUAACUUUUUGCAGGUGGGUUUUAAACCUGGACACUUUACACACAUUCUGAUCGACGAGGCUGGUCAAUGUACGGAAUCGGAAACCAUUGUACCCAUUGUCCUGCUAACCAAGCAACCGAGUCAGGUCAUCUUGGCUGGUGAUCCGAAUCAGUUGCAGUCUAUUAUUACAAAUCCACUGGCCAAAGAACUAGGAUUUGAUGUCUCAUUAUUGGAACGUGUGGUUCAACAUAAUCCCUAUUGCAAGGAUUUGGUACGUUUUCCCUCCAGUUCUGGCUACAAUCCGUGUUUGCUGACCAAACUUCUAUACAAUUAUCGUGCUCUGCCCUCGAUCAUGAAUGUCUAUAGUCGGCUAUUCUACGAUAAUGAGUUGAUCCCCAUGAUCUCUGAUAAGGAUUCACCGCAAGCCAAGCUCCUAACGAAGUUGCAACCGAUCUUUUCGAACAACAUGGAGAUGCCUCCUGCUCAUGGUGUGAUAUUCUAUGGCAUUAUUGGUGAAAAUGUCCAGGAACGGGAUUCUCCUUCAUGGUUUAAUCCGUCAGAGGCGCAAGAGAUCUUCCUAACAACCCUCUCCCUAUAUCGUCGUGAUAUUAGUCCUGAUCAGAUAGGCAUUAUAACGCCAUAUACAAAACAAGUAAAGACCAUACGUAAUAUGUUUGCUGGCGUUGAAGUGAGCAUUCCAAAAAUUGGAUCAGUUGAGGAAUUCCAAGGACAGGAACGUGACAUCAUUCUGGUUUCCACAGUUCGCUCGAGCGCCGCCAUGCUGCCGACUGAUUCCCGUUUCAAUCUUGGCUUUGUGCGUUGCAUCAAACGCAUGAAUGUGGCCAUAUCACGUGCCCGUUGCCUUCUGGUUGUUGUGGGUAAUCCCCAUUUGCUCGCUGUCGAUGAUAGUUGGCGUCGCCUAAUCAUUUACUGUGCCCAAAAUAAUGCCUACUUUGGUUGCGAAAUUCCUGAGGUGAUUUUGACAAGUGUCAAUGAGGACAAUGAGGAAUCCUCUGAAUCGUUUGAUAAAUAAUUAUCAGUGCCUUAUAUAUAUACAUUUAAUUAGUAAUUAAACAAAAACCAAAGCUCUAUGAAUGAAGCCAAAUUGAACGAAUUUACUUUCUUAUCAUUUUCUAUUUCUCAUAAUUCAUUCCCAUUUACUGUCUGUGACAUUGAAUAUAUUGUUUUCCUUAAUAAAACCACAAUUGUUUU